GCGCGGCCUAACGGUGGCGUUGGGGGCGGCUGCAGCGGCGGUGCUGGGGCUGUCGAGCGUCGCGGCUUCAAGUCCCGCGGCGGCGCCUGCGAGCGGCCCGGGCCGCGGGUGGAGGCAGGCGGUGCACGGCGGAGGCCCUUGGCGAUGGUGGGCGUCCCUGGAGCGGCCGCCUUCCAGCUUGGUCCUGAGAAAAGAGUGCCAGCAAUGCCUGGAUCUCCUGUGGAAGUGAAGAUACAGUCAAGAUCCUCACCUCCCACCAUGCCACCCCUUCCACCAAUAAACCCCGGAGGGCCCAGGCCAGUGUCAUUUACUCCUACAGCAUUAAGCAAUGGUAUCAACCAUUCUCCUCCUACCCUGAAUGGUGCCCCAUCACCACCACAGAGAUUCAGCAAUGGUCCUGCCUCUUCCACAUCAUCUGCACUAACAAAUCAACAGUUACCAGCCACUUGUGGUGCUCGGCAGCUCAGCAAAUUGAAACGCUUCCUUACCACUCUGCAACAGUUUGGCAAUGACAUCUCACCUGAGAUUGGGGAGAAGGUGCGGACUCUUGUUCUAGCACUGGUGAACUCAACAGUAACAAUUGAAGAAUUCCAUUGCAAGCUCCAAGAAGCUACAAACUUUCCUCUUCGUCCUUUUGUGAUUCCAUUCCUCAAGGCCAAUCUGCCCCUGCUGCAGCGAGAACUGCUGCACUGCGCUCGAGCUGCCAAGCAGACCCCAUCCCAGUACCUGGCUCAGCACGAACACCUUCUGCUCAGCACAAGUAUUGCAUCGCCUGCUGAUUCUUCUGAACUGCUCAUGGAAGUGCAUGGAAACGGAAAGAGGCCCAGUCCAGAAAGGAGGGAAGAGAACAGUUUUGAAAGAGAAACAAUUCCUCCCGAGCCUCCAGCCAAGAGAGUGUGCACCAUCAGCCCUGCUCCCCGGCACAGUCCUGCCCUCACGGUGCCCCUCCUGAAUCCUGGGGGCCAGUUCCAUCCUACUCCCCCACCUCUUCAGCACUACACCUUAGAAGAUAUUGCAACUUCACAUCUGUAUCGUGAGCCCAACAAGAUGCUAGAACAUCGAGAAGUUCGUGAUAGACACCACAAUCUUAGUCUAAAUGGAGGCUAUCAAGAUGAGUUGGUAGACCACCGUUUGACAGAAAGGGAAUGGGCUGAUGAAUGGAAACAUCUUGAUCAUGCUCUGAAUUGCAUUAUGGAAAUGGUAGAGAAGACAAGGCGCUCCAUGGCAGUUCUGCGGCGCUGUCAGGAAUCUGAUCGUGAAGAACUGAACUACUGGAAAAGACGAUGUAAUGAAAACACAGAGAUGAGGAAGCCAGGGAGCGAGUUGGUCUCCAGGCAGCACAGUCCUGGGAGCGCCGAUUCUCUCAGCAAUGAUCCGCAGCGGGAAUUCAACAGUAGGCCAGGAACGGGAUACGUGCCUGUGGAGUUUUGGAAAAAAACUGAAGAAGCUGUGAAUAAGGUGAAAAUUCAGGCCAUGUCAGAAGUACAGAAAGCUGUUGCUGAGGCAGAACAAAAAGCCUUUGAAGUGAUUGCAACAGAGAGAGCCCGGAUGGAGCAAACGAUAGCGGACGUCAAACGGCAGGCUGCAGAGGGAUGCUUCCUCGUCAUAAAUGAACAAGAAGAGUCAACAGAGAACUGCUGGAACUGUGGCCGUAAAGCCAGUGAGACGUGCAGCGGCUGCAAUAUUGCGCGCUACUGCGGCUCCUUCUGCCAGCACAAGGACUGGGAGCGCCACCACCGCCUCUGUGGCCAGAGCCUGCACGGCCAGAGCCCCCACAGCCAGGGCCGGCCACUGCUCCCGGCAGGGAGGGGCUCCUCAGCUAGGGCCGCCGACUGCAGCGUGCCCAGCCCAGCUCUGGACAAGACCUCGGCCACCACCUCACGCUCCUCGACGCCUGCCUCUGUGACAGCCAUCGACACCAACGGACUCUGAACCCAGACUCCCUUCCCUCUGAUGACCUCACAGCGCAGCAGGAUGUGGCACCACGGGCCUGGCCGUGGGAACCAGUGCAAUGAGCUGUUGGGUCAUCAGCACAAAAGUGAAGUGGAGGCAGGAAGAAUGCAAGCCCGGCAAACACUGCUCCACGGCCUCUCUGGACACUGGCCCCAAUUUCCUGUCUGUGGCCUUCGGGGACCUAGCGUGCCAUUCUCUCUGCACACAGGCAGCUGGCCAGAGCGGCCGCCUCCUUCCUGGGCUCCUGGGUUUGUUCCUGUCCCAGCUGAAACUGGCAUGGCCAGCCCCUUUUCCAUGUAGACCACCAGCUCCCCUCCCUGCCUCUUGAGGCAGCAGAGACUGUCACUUGCGCCCCACCAGGCUGGAGCAGCUUGCCCCCCAGGCACUGCCUCCCACUCGGCCAUCCUGCAGCAGAGGCCUGGAGGCUGACAGCAGACUGUGGAGGAGAUCCCCUCUGAUGGGGUAGCUCCUUUAGCCCCAUUUCCACCCUCAGCAGAUGCCACUGAGGAGCCCCACCAGGACUUGGGCCGGCAGAAGCAGCACUCAGGACUCUCUCCUCGACCCUGCUGUUCAGACUUAAGAUUAUCAGAUGUCACGGGAAAGAAGGCGUCAUUUCACUAAAAGCACCCAUCACAAUGAAAAACAAAUAAAACUUCUUCAAGCAUCACAGAUCAUUUUGGGACAAGAUUUUCCAGCCUGGCUGCUUACUUUAGUUUGGGACCCAUUUUUUUCUCUUACUUGAUUUUGCUUAUGCAGAAAAUAGUUUCCAGCGCAUGGAUUGGUCUGCAGGAGAAUGAGACUCAAUUGUGGAUAGUCUGUUCUCUCUGAGCAUGUUGGCCAAACUAGUAUCGUCAAAUCAUUGGAAUGGAUGAUCUGUUGGAAAUGCAGAACCUUUUGUCACCGCUUGACUGUUCGCACAGUCGUCUUGUUCUGUGUCCCUUUAUCUGAGGCCACGCAUGUCCAGAUCACUGUGUGGAUCUUCUCGUGGUCUGUGUUUGGUCCCUUCUAAGCAUGGUUGUCCCAUAGGAUGUGAUGUGUUGUGGCUAGGUCUUGCCUCAGCAGUCAAGGCCUGGUCACAUCCCAGCAGCCUUCCUGGACCUGAAAGAAUUCUUCAGACCUCGUCCAUAAUACAUACUACGUCAGCUUAUUAUCAGGCAUACUGUCUCGGUUUCCCUUAUGUUAUCUAUUUGAUCGCUUCCCUCUUUGAGCUAAGAAAAGUUCCGUGAAAUGUGACAACCAUUUUGAGAGAGGCUCACCAAUUUUUCUUCCCAUCAUCAGGGAGUUUUCCAGAUGUUUACCUGGCUCUCCAAAGAUGAUAUCACCUAUACCCCUUCUAAAAUGUUAGGAACUGCCAUGCAUAUUUUUCCCUGCCAUUUGCAUUUUGCUGGCAGCCCAAUGACCCUGACCUCUCUCUGUUCACCUCCAGGCCUCCAGCACCCUCUUGCCCCAAGGAAUCCAUUGGGGUGAGUUGGUUGGCCCUGCUCCAGCUGGCCCACAAAAGCCCAGCUUUAGAUGGCUACCUUCUGUGUGCUGACCAGAGUGAAAUAAAAGGUCUCAUCUCAUCAAGGAAAAGGGAUCAGCAUAGUAGCAUUGUCCUCAUAUACAUGUGUAGCUUACCGUGAGAACUUUCAAGUCUUUAAUUUACUUUACUGAAAGAUUUUCUAUCUUACAAAGAAACUCAGUGCAAGGCACCUUUAAAAUACCUGGAUUUCCAUUGCAUAAAUUAAGGUAUACCCAGAGAAUGAAUAAUGUUAAUUUAUUGUGGGAAUUUUGUAAAUUGCAGCAAUUGGUGGGCAUCCUGACUUCCAACAGGAAUGAAAUGAGGACCCCAGACAGGACAUGGGAUUUCCAUUAAGACAUGGGAUGUCCCAUGAGGAGGUGACGGAGCCUGUAAAUAACAGCAAGAGGUUAUCUUAUGGCGCCCACUGGAUCUGCCCCCAGUUCACUGCCUUUUCAGCGGGAAGAUGCACACGUGGGCAGCUUCUUUAAACCUUCAGUGGCCACAAGACCCCCAGGGUAGCCCAGGUUUUUCCUGGUUGGAAUAAAAAGCCAGAAACAGCAGACUAUUCAUCAGGGCUCAAUGUCAGUUUCUGUAGCUAAGGUUUGAGUUUGGUGUGCAGGCCCCCGCUGACCAUUGUGGGCUGUGGUUGUAAGGACAGCCAGGUUGCAGAGGUACUGUGAUGCUGUUCUAGACUGCUUUGCUCAUGUAUUGCCCAGAGGCCAAGCUGGAAAUCUGGGCAGUACUCUACACUGUAGUUCAGUUCUCAGACCUUUUGCUAUUAAUUUUAGUCACUUUCACAUCUAGGUAGCUAGGGCAUCUGUUCAAGACUUCCUAUUUAGAUGUAAAGAACCCCAUUCUUCAUCCUCCUCCUCUCUCAAAUGUUCCUAUUCUCUGGUUGGGAGGAGGAGGGGCACUGUCUUGGGGUGGAGCCGGCGGGAGGGGUUGAAGGGGCCGGCGUGAGUCCAGCUUUCCACUUGGUCUCCACUGUUUGCUCACCAUCCCAGCUACCAGGUUUGGAGUACAAGUUCAGGCUUCCCGCUUUUCAUGUAGUUAUUAGACUUAAAAUAUCUUGAUAUAAUCAGGUUGCUUAGAGAGGACCACCUUGAUAGUUAAUAUCUGGGGGAACAAAAAAGACCAAGGAGAUAAGACUGAAGAUCUUGUCAGGGCAACCCCAGGCUCUUUGAUAUUAUUGUAGAAAUGAAAAGCAAAGGCGACACGUGCCUGUCCACCCAUCAGAGGACAUCUGGAGGAUGAGGCCAGUGCUCAGCAUUGCCCACUGAGGGACCGCUGAGGAGUGAUGGGACUUCAUUGUCCUCUGCGUGCAAGGAAUGGUUGCAGGAACCAGCGAAGGCCGAAGUGGCCAAACUGGGAGCCAUCUUUAAAUGUUCUGAGGGAUGCUUGAGGGCUGGAUCUUCAUACCCUCCAUCCUCCUUUGGGUCCCCACCACUUGCAUCAUGCCUGACUCCAUUCAGUGGUGAAAAUGGACUCGGGAAGAAGUUGGUUAAUUACACCCGCUCAGGAAUAAGCAGCCCACCCUAUGAGUUGUGUGAGUGGGACUUGCACUUUGGAGGGUCCCUGAAGUUCCAGGGGUGGGCCUCUAGCAACUGUGCUCAGGCACAUUCCUGUGACCCUGAGGUCACAGAACACGUGGAACUUGGACAGUGCUGAGUCAUACAUAUCUUAGCGGAUCUAAGUCUGGAAACCAGACACAUCUACCCAGCACAGGUCGGUGUCGUGUUGGCUGCAGUGCGGACAUCCUUUGCCCAUCUGGGCCUGUUAGCCCACCAGGAGCUCCUCACUUCUUGGUGUCCAGCAUGAGCAUCUUCAGCUUCUAGACAGAAAAUCUACACUUUGUAUGACCUUGUUCCAAAGUCAGAUUGAUCCCCAGGGCUGUCACCUGCUUGCAAAGGUUAUAGACCUUGUUCUGGGUAGUUCCAGAAGAUAUCUCAGCAAAUGGAGUUGAAGGUUCAGCAACACUAUUGAAAUUGUAUGGUAGUGAGCUCUUCAGCAUGAAAGCAUAAUGAACAGGUAGCCAUUUGUCCUGGAAACUGUAGGAGGUAUUAUGGAUUGAAUGAAUCACUGAAAAUAGAAUACAUCUUCGAAGCCUUCUUCAGAACUGGUGUCAGAACCAGGUCGGUAGACCAAGCCAACUUAGAUUUGGGCGGGGGGGAGGGCUGGUUUGGUUUUUGUUCGUUUUUGUUUUGUUUGUUUUAAGCUAUUUGCAGAGAACUGGGUGGUGGCAUGUUUGAACCAAAUGUAAGAAAAGCCAGAGGGACGUGGACUGUUCCAGCAUGGGCCAGAUGGCCGGCUUGUCCGGGGUGGGGUGGGGGGCUGGGCAGGCUGCUGCAUAGGGUCCUUCCAGCUCCGAGUGUCUAGUUCUUGUGAAACCAAAACGUUUGAUUACCUGCCUCUGCCCACGUGCAUUGACAUGCUCAUUUCAAAGAUGAUGGUGCAGGUGACCGUUUCCAUCGUGAGCCAGGAGAAGGUUAGGAGGCCUGAGGGCGUACCUUGGAUCCCCCUUGCCCUCCACGGCCCCAGAAAUGACACUUCCUGGAGGACCCCAUCUAGUCCAGCCCACAACUGCCCAGUGUACACUCAUUGAUGCUUAUACCAAAUAGGGCGUGUGUGGCUCGCAGCUGGCAGAGGCAGCCCGUCCCUGCCUUCGAGUUGCAGAGAGAAGCAGCAAUAAGCAUUAGGUGAAUGAUUGAAAGUGCUCUUUGGCUCAGCAGCCUUCAGGCCACUUUCAUGGCUUUCCAAGUUCCUGAUGAGGCUACAAAAGCUCCAUCCAUAAAAGAAAGCCAAUAAUGUAAAUAAAUAGAAAACUAUGCCUCUGAGCGUGGUCUUAAGGGGGGAUGAGGAAUGUGAAAGCACCCACAGGAUAUGCGGUAGUCUGGUUUCUCUGUGCUUCGCCAUUUUACUCAGAUCGGAAUUUUUGUUACUUAACUCUGUGCAUAACUUAUUUAAUGUACUGUAUAAAUGAACCAAAAACUGUUAAAUAUGUAUUUAGUUUGUUCUACUUAAAAGUAGUCAAUAAAAAGGCUAUAUUC